CAACUCACAUCUACAUUUCUACUUUUUAAUUUUAAAUCACCCCAAGUUGGGCCAAAAAUCCUUGAAGUGUGCUGACUAAAAAUUAAAUUCGUUGAAUAAAUGCACAGACAAAUGUGACCUCCUUAGAAAGUCAUAAAAUUUCUCCCCAACUAUUCAUGGAUUAAAAUUUCCAGAGUUGACUCUCCUGACGUAAUUGUGGACAAGUUCACACGGCUUUUACUUUUCUUUGUCCCGACAAAACACUGAAAUGUCUCUUGAGCUCAAUAAUUACAUACACCGUUCUUCUCCUAAUAAAGCAGUCGAUAAUUUCUUGAAUUUAGUCUCUUUACGACAUUGGCAGAAGAAUACAAGAAUGCGUCUGCAUCACACUGUUUUUAUUCCUCCUGAUAAAGACAUCCAAUUUCAUUUUCUUGGCGCCAUCUUUGGUUGAGGAAGACAAGACUAUAACAUUCUUGGACUAGUCCUACUCGGGAGCACAUCUUUUAUUAAGGCUUACUACAGAGUCCUGACAAUCUCGUCCAGGCACCGGACCAGCAGGGGAAAAAUGGGAGGUGAGGGGGCGACUGAGAGGAAGAGCACCGCCAGCCAUGGUCUUCCUCUUCUUCACACAAGGGCGCUCAUGCGUCGGACCCCAGCAAACCGAGUAUUCGCAGUUGUAUACUUGUGUGUCAUCUUGGCUCUGCUAUAUCACCAUUUCAUCGCUCUACUCCAUUCCACCUCCAUACUCUCCCUCCUCAUUCUUCUAGCUGACGCAGUGCUGGCUUUCAUGUGGGUAACUUCUCUGGCUUUUCGCAUGUGUCCCACAGAACGUCAGGUUUUCAUCGAACACCUUGAGCAUUAUGCCAAGGAGAGUGAGUACCCUGCUUUGGAUGUGUUUAUAUGCACUGCUGAUCCAUUUAAGGAGCCACCGAUUGAUGUGGUGAACACUGCCCUGUCUGUGAUGGCUUAUGAUUAUCCAAUAGAGAAGCUGUCGGUAUACGUGUCGGAUGACGGAGGUUCCCAGCUGACUCUCUUUGCUUUCAUGGAGGCUGCAAGGUUUGCCACCCACUGGCUACCCUACUGUAAGAUAAACAAGAUAGUAGAGAGGUGCCCCGAGGCGUAUUUUGCAUCCAACCCCUCAUGGUUCCCUGAGACCGAUCAGAUUAAGUCGAUGUACGAGAGGAUGAGAGAUAGAGUGGAGAAUGUGGUCAAGAGAGGAAGCAUUAGCAACGAUUAUAUCCCUGAUCAAAGAGAAAUCGAAGCUUUCAGCAGAUGGACUGAUGAAUUUACACCUCAGAAUCAUCCUCCUGUGAUUCAGGUUUUACUAGAGCGUGGCAAAGAUAAGGACAUCACUGGCCAUGACAUGCCAAACCUCGUAUACAUCUCUAGAGAGAAAAGAAUGGAUUCCCCACAUCACUUCAAGGCCGGUGCCCUUAACGUCCUACUUCGAGUAUCAGCCACCAUGACAAACGCACCAGUGAUCUUGACCCUAGAUGGCGACAUGUACUCCAAUGAUCCACAGACACCUCUUCGCGUGCUGUGCUAUCUUUUAGACCCUUCAAUGGAUCCAAAACUUGGGUAUGUUCAGUUUCCGCAGAUCUUCCAUGGGAUCAAUAAGAGUGAUAUCUAUGAUGGUGAACUAAGGCAUGUGUAUCAAGUUCAAUUGUCCGGAAUGGAUGGAUUGGCAGGCCCUCAACUUGUAGGUUCUGGAAGUUUUUUCCGGCGAAAAAUCUUCUUUGGUGGCCCAUCAGAAACCCCAGAAAUGAACCAGGAUCAACUGACGAGCAAGUCGAUCAGGUCCAAAGAAGUUUUAGCAAUGGCUCACCAUGUUGCAGGCUGCAAUUUUGGGAACCAAACCAAAUGGGGCACCAAGAUGGGCUUUAGGUAUGGUUCUUUGGUUGAGGACUUGCACACGAGCUAUCAGCUGCAAUGUGAGGGAUGGAAAUCCAUUAACUGCAAACCUAAAAGGCCUGCAUUUCUGGGAAAUUCACCCCUCAACCUCCAUGACUCGCUGAAUCAAACUACGCGUUGGUCGGUUGGCCUCCUUGAAGUAGUCUUCUGCAAACAUAACCCCAUCAUCUAUGGAGUCCGGUUCAUAAACCUUCUGUCAGGGUUAGGUUUUGCUUAUUAUGCCUUCUGGCCUUUUUGGUCGGUUCCCCUUACUAUCUAUGCCUUUCUCCCCCAGCUGGCUCUGCUCAAUUCCACCUCAAUCUUCCCAAAGGUCUCAGAUCCUUGGUUUUUCGUCAAUGUAUUCCUUUUCCUUGGAGCCUAUGGACAAGAUUAUCUGGAGUUCAUAUUAUCUGGGGGGACAACACUAAGGUGGUGGAACAAUCAGAGAAUGUGGAUGAUGAGAGGACUCUCAAGUUUCCCAUUUGGGUGGAUUGAAUACUUCCUGAAGUCUAUGGGGAUUUCGACUUUUGGGUUUAAUGUGACAAGCAAGGUGGUUCAAGAGGAGCAAAGCAAGAGAUACAAGGAAGGGAUCUUCGAUUUUGGAGUUGCAUCACCCUUGUUCUUGCCACUAACUACAGCAGCCAUAAUCAACUUGGCCUCAUUCCUAAAGGGAAUUGCACUGGUCUUCAAACAAGGAGGGCUUGAAGAUCUUCUUCUGCAGAUGUUGUUAGCUGGUUUUGGAAUAGUGAACUGCUGGCCCAUAUAUGAAGCCAUGGUGUUGAGGACUGAUGAAGGAAAAUUACCGGUGAAGAUCACAUUGAUCUCAAUUGUUCUAGCCUGGGCUCUUUAUUGAUUAUUAGCAUCUUCCAUGGCAUUUUGAGAUGUGGUGACUGAUUCUCUUAGUUAUACAUAUAUAUAGUGGUAGAAUACUUUAUGGUUGGCUGGGGGCCGGCUGGAGUCAACUAUAUGUAAGCCAAGAGUAAAAGAAGAAAUAAUGGAUGAAGGAUCAUUAAAUUUUA